AAACUGAAAUUUUCAGUAAAAUUUCAGCUCCAAAUCUCAGAACAUUUUAGUUAGGUAUAGAUAAUUUUAAUAAAUGCAUUUAUUAUAACUUCAUAAUACAAUAUUCCUUAAUUUAAAUCCAAUUGUCUAGAAACUAUAAAUAAAUUCAAUAAAUCAUUUAAAUGACUAUGUUUAGCUUUAAGCUUUAUCAUUAUUGACUUAAGAUAACUGAUAAGAAUACAUUUUUCAAUGACUUUAUGUGACUCAAUAAUAAUAAUAAUAAUAAUUCCAGAAACACUCUUCUUCAAAUAUGGAGGUUGACAUCAUCGAGACCACCACAAUGUCCUACAGCUUUGAAAAAACUGAAGCCUCGAAAUGGAACAGCACCCUACACCAAGUCUCAUUGGAGGACUUAAAAAUGGAUUCAAACUUUUUGAUGUUGCUAUUCUCACUGAUAUUUGCAGUCCUAUGGGUCGUUUACAUUACUUAUUAUAACUCUAGAAUAUUGGGAUACGUCAUUACCAAAGUAGCGAACAAAUUUAUUAGCGAGGGUUAUUUUAGAAUUGGUUCCUUAAGUCUUAACGCUCUAUCUGGGAAAAUAAUGUUUAGAGAUUUUGUUUAUAUUACGCAUGAUUAUACUCUUAGAAUCCAGGACGGGUAUCUGAUAUUUAGAUGGUGGCGCUCGUAUGUUCCCAGAGAUGUUAGCGAAGACUUGUCUCAUUCCGAUACAAGAUUGUCUGUGAUGUUGAAUGGGUUUGAAUUGCAUGUUUAUAACAGGUCAAAUUUGUACUACAGCUUGGAAAAAACAUUUGGUUUGAUUUCUAGUAUUUUUCCAAAUAAUAAUAAGGAUAAUCAGGCAGCAGAAGAUGUUGAAAAAAACGAAAACGAAGAUCAAACCCAAUCAAAAAAGAAAACCAAAAAACAACGCCCCGAGGCGGCUAUGGCUCGCACUUGGAGAGACCUUAUUCCAGUGAUCAAAUGUGAUGUCGUAUCCAGUAGGUUGGUUUUUGGAAACCGACUGGUACCGACAACUUUAAGCAUUACCUUUGAAGAAAGCCAUUUCGUUUAUUCUACCAAACCGGCCGUUUGUACUUUGGACCGAUUUAUGCAUUUCGUCAAAUGCAAAGCUGAGAAUGUUAAAGUUAGACUUGCACCUAGUUUGAAAUAUACUGGUAUGUUAGAUGAACCACCAAGAUACAUGGGUGAAGGCUUUGUCCUAAUGUCCUCAAACGACUUGGAACUCUAUUUCUACAUGGACGAACCUGGUUCGGUACCGGAAGAACCUGUUUUGAUUACUCUUGCAAAUGGAGAUAUUGUGGAAUCGAGUCCACCUCAAUGGGGCAUAGACAUCAAAUGUGGCAAAGGUACCAACUUCAGUUACGGCCCUUGGGCUGAUCGUCAAAGAGAACAUCUCUACAAUUUUUUUUAUCCUCAAGAUUAUAUAUCAAUGGAAGUAACUAAACCACCUAAACCUGGCGAUAAAAGAGUGAUGCACUCGUUCGAUAUAAGACUUGUAAUGCAAAAUGAUUCUACUAUUGAUAUAUUGUUUACCAAAGACAAAGAAACCAAUGCGGUUCAUAUUAAUGUUGGUGCUGGCAGUUAUUUAGAGGUUACAAUACCAUGGAUUACAAAACAAGCGGGCUACAGUACAAAAAUAAACGGCCAGCUACUGCAUCUAGAAGCAACUACAAGCCUACAAUUUCGCGAACUUGUAGAAAGCGAAACCCUAGAAUUUUGCAUUUUGUGUCACUACCCGUUAGUCUGGAACGAACAUCAGCUCUGGGAAGUUAAUCUUACUGGCUGCAAAGCGACUGUCAACUUGAUAUUUUUCCAUAAAUGGUUUUUUACUGAUCUUAUAAAUGAUUGGGCCUCAAAAGCAAGGCCGGAUUUGAUGCAUUUUGUGCCAUAUACGUGGAGAUUCGGGCUCACUUUGAAACAUUGUGAACUUGUAACUAUGAUAAAUCAAUAUAACUGGAUAGAUUGCAGCAGUGCUGGCCAAAGAAAUAGGUUGGAAAAUACUCAAGUUUCUUUGUGUGCUCAUUUUUUGCACAUGUCAUUUGAUUUGCCUUUUGAUGAGUUUCUGCCAGAGACUGUUCCAAUAAAUUUGGCCAUUCAGGGUGAAAGUAUAGAUUUGAGCCUAUUUAUACCUGAAUUCCAUUCUAGUCGAAUUAUCAUACAAUCCUUGGAAAAACACGCAAAAGUUUUAUCGAAAGACGGCUCUACAACUAAAAAGACUGAAAUAAUACCAAAGUGGCGUAAUGUUUGCCAAAAUUCAGCCGGCUGGGUUGAUUUUUGGUGGAUACCUAUAGGAGCAAUUAACAUUUCAUACAUCUAUCAUCCUUCUCCUCCCUUGGGCCCUCAGCCUCAAGCCGAUAUUUCCACACCUGUGAAAGAGGAAAUACUUUUAUCUCCAAUGAGAUUUCCGCAUCAUAGAAAGAAACGUAAAAGAUCACUUGACCGCAAUCAGAAGUUUGAUCCCACUACACUGAAACCAGAUAUUGUGAGUGUGGAAUUGGAAAUUGGGCCUUCUGUUGUUUUGUUAUAUGGGACUGCUUUGAAAAACUUUAUGAAUUUUAAAGAAAACAUAUUUGGAGAAGACCAAACAUUCACAGAUAUGCAACAAAUGCAAACAACCGAAAGCGGUUCGAGCGCUGAGCUAAAAUCAGAAGACAGUAGCGCCAACAUUCCAUUAGAACUCCGAGAAGAUUUUGAUCACAGAUAUUAUCGACCAUUAGAAGUAGACGUUUCAAUUAUCAUGCACGAUGUUCAGGGACAUUUAUUAAAAAAUUGCACAGAAAAAGACCCACCUUGCCCAGUAAUUUUAGUCGAACGGUUCGGAUUCGAAAUGAAAAAAGGAUACGAUCAAACUGAGCUUCAACUACUACUCAGUCCCGCUGUUUUAUUAGUUUCUGAUAACGUAGUCAGACCCCCUAAAGAUAAACACUUGAAUCAAGGAAAAAUGACUUUGAGUUCUUUGCAAAUUCGCGGUCACGCAAUGUUCUCUGAUGUGGGCCAAACCUUAGACCAAGAUACCAUCGAAUACGCCUGGCUGGUUGAAAUCCAGUUGGGUAAAUUAAGCGGUAAAUUAACCACGCCUCAAAUGUAUUCCAUAUUGGCCAGUUUGGAGACGCUUUUGCUUCUCAUUAUCGACGACGAAAACGAAUUAAACUCGCCUAAAGAUGAUGUUCUCAUGACCCAACCUGUUGUCAAGAAAAAGGAACCGAGUACGCAGAAUGUACACGUACAACAUGUCCAACAAGCAAUCCAACACUUGUUGCAACCAAAAAACAGUGGUGCCAGCCUAAUGUCAAAAAAUCCAGGCUUUAACUCGAGCCAAACUAAAACCGAUCAGAAAAAUAAGAAAAAAGAUACUGAAGAAAAGCUACGCACUUCUAUGAGAUUACCAGUGCCUUCUCAAGAAGAAACCGUUUCGGCUAAUAAUGCCACCAAUGCUGGUACUCAUGUAUCGUAUUCUGAGCAUAAACUCAAAUACAAGUUGGUUAGAGUGGCGGUAGACGCUAUCGAUUUUUGGUUGGUUGAAAGCGGAGCCGCUUUACAAUUAUGGCUUUCUCCAGUACGUUUAGCAAGCUGCAAUCUGCACGGCAAGCAAGUCAGUUCCGGGUUGUCUUGCAUUAUUUAUAGUAUGUCGUUGAGACAGUUGGUUUGGCAUCCACAUAAAUACAACCAUAGCAAACAAAACAUGGACCUGCAAGACUUCUGGCUUGAAGUAGGCGCUAUAAAUCUCGGUCCGCUGGUAAUAGAGUCAGCAAUAUCCACCGACAGCAAAGAUCAGCACCUAUAUCAGACCCAGCAAAAGUUUCUGAAAAUGCACGACGACAAAUUGAAAAAAUUAUGGUUUUUGUGGCCAGAUUUGAAUAAAACAUCCGGAAAAUGCGGCUGUACAGGUGGCUGCAUGUUUUUCGGCAGCAACCGGAACGGUGCCAGGUUUUUUAAGCCUUGCAAAAAGGAUUUGGAGGAGGGAUUGAAUAUUGCUGCAUUCAGGAUUAAUGAGCCUGGUCGCGAUCCUGGCUAUGGACAAAGCAUUUUGCACGAGAAUGCUUUAAUAUUCAGAACACCUCCUUACAUUAUCAAUGAAAUCACUCUUCAAGACACCCUUAACAGAUCCUCUAGUAGAAGAAAUGGCAGUAAUUCUAAAGUUACUACAUUAGAAAGGGAGAAAUCUGUUGAAAAAGAAGGAGUACUUUAUAAUAGUCCUUCAUCUUUAAGCGAUGUUAGAAAAAAUAGGAGGUUAUCGUCUACUUCAAUAAAAAGUUCUAUUAUAACAAAAGAAGUUCCUUACUCCCGUCUCAUAGACGCAAGUCAUGCAACUCUUCCCAGUAAAUUAGACAGUGAUUCUAAACUACAUUCUGAUAAAUCUAAAUUGAACGUAAUAGAACCGUCUGAUUUGUUACCAAAAAACAGCGUCUCAGAUUCAAAAUUAGCUGUAGACUAUUUUACCACAACAAAUGUAGACUUAAAAAGCGAAGUGUCUUCAGUUAAAAGCGACACUUUCUAUGUAAAAAAUGAAAAUUCUUCUAAAAACGAAGUCCUGGUAACUCCCCAGUUUAUGUCUAAAAGUUUUAACGCAAGCGAAAGCCAUCAUUCAUUAGGCGGAAUGAUUUCUAAUGAAGAAAGAUUAUUGAAAGAAGUACAAAGGACUACCUCGAUGUCAAGCGAAAACCAUUCCGAAGCCUUCUUUUCAGCCGAUGAAGAUGUUAAUUUGGCCUCAAGAAGCUCAAGCCUGAGGAAUUCUAUUUUAAGCUCAGAAGCUUUCCCUAAGCAUGAAAGCAGCAGCGUACCACCUCAGAGGAAAAAAUUCUCGAGUGAACUCAGUAUAGUAACAGACCGAAACGGACUUCAAAAUUCUUACAGGCCUAUACAAGCCCCAGGAUCCGCACCUGAAACAGGAAAAAUGCGUCUCUCCACCCAUAGAAGCGAUCACGAAAUUCAUACUCCAGAACACAGAACUGUGCAAGGAUUAGUUACCCCUUAUCGACACCCGACUUAUCGUUCUGUUAGUCCAAAAAUAAACACACAAGAAAGUCAAGAUAAUACAAUAAACGACGUUUUAAAUGAUAGUUCUGAUAGUGUCAGUAAUACUAGUUAUGCCUCAGCGGUGGGCAGUCAAGAAGAUUUUACUUUGGUUGAUCUUCACAAGCAGGUGAAUAGACUGAUUGUAGACUCUCCAAUGUUAAUGUCAAGCUAUGUAACCCACUUGAGCCAGCUCAAAUGCCAAAACUGGCAAAACAAAGGAAAAGAAGAUCAAUUUUCGGCUCCAAUGUUUGAAAAGAAUUCGGACGGAAAGCUUGUCUAUGUUGGUGGUAGGUUUGUUCCAUACAUGGAACCUUUAAGCGAUGGAAUAACUUCAUUGAAAAUGGUUUCGCGUUCGGAUUCAGCUAUUGGUAAUCAAAAUAAAACACCUACGUCGCCAUUUGUUUAUGUAUGGGACAAUGAAGAGAUCGAAAACGAUUCUGGUUCCUUUCCAGAAGAAGAACUUCUUAGUGGACAAAGCGAUGCCGGUUGUUCCAGGACAAUAAUCAUUGUGAAAUUAAAGGGCGAUCUUGAUGUAAUGAUUAGUCCGCUUCUGUUGGAAAGUUUGCAGCGUUUUGUGGACUCGCUUACACCAACGGUGGCUAAUUUGCAUCCUUUGACCGUUGUGAAUCAUUUGCAUGCUUCGUGUGUCGGACAGGUUGCAUCUGCAAACAUUUUAAAAACUACAGAAAAUGUAGCAAAAUUAUGUCAGCCAGCCAUAGCCGGAAUAGAGCCAGUUACUGUUUAUGAAGAAACUAUAAAGAAGCAACUUCAAGCAGCCAUAUUUCUACCUAAAGUCAAUGUAACUCUUUUACAAGUGUCCAUAGUAGAAGAAAUAAUUUCCUUUUCAGCUCUCGAUAAUAUAAAAGACUUAACUUGUGUAUCACUUUUUUCCGUUUGCUUUGACAAUAUCAAUGCUAAAUUCCAUUCAGAUCAUCAGGCAAAAGAAGUUCUAGAAAAAUUCCUGCGACCUUCAGUGGUGAGGACCAAAAACAAAGGCGCCAAUAUAGCCAAGUUUCUAGGCUUACAAACUAACACCAACUCGGAUGUAAUACAGGGCGAGCCUGUUUUUAUCGAGAGCUGCGAAAACCAACAAUCCCAAUUGGUGAUUUGUCUUAAUAUUGGCAAAGCACACGCUCAGUUAAGACGUUUACGCAACGAAUCCUCUAUAUUGGACGAUGCCAUCAUUACAGCCAUUCCUACUUAUAAGUCAAAAGUAUCUUUCACUCCUAACAAAGUUAAAUCUAUGUAUAGAGGGUUGGAGUAUUAUUUGCAGCCAACUACAAAGGAUAAUAAUAUGUCUCAAAUAGACGAAUUGGGUAUUGAAGACAAAUUAGGUUUUAUCAUGUUUGAAGGUGGCCUGGAAGGUAUAUCAUUGAAAAUUGUUAAAAAAUCCAAAUUUGAACAGAGCGAAACCGCUCUAAAUGGAUCAGUGGACGUCCCCAGUGUCGAUUCUAUAAAAUCUAACGAAAAUUUAGAGUCCCCAGGUAAUACUCCCAGAACUGAUCCGAACCGAGCAUCGACAGCCACACCGAAAACUGAGAAAAAAAACAUCGAAGAAGACAAUCAGCAGCAUAACGAAUUGGAAAAGGAUACCAGCAAAGAUAGCGAUAACGUGUCUUCUUGUAUCAUCGAAUUGAAAGUUGUUUGGUUCAAUUUUGCCGCUCCCCCUAGAGCACCUAUUACAAGAAAAAUCGACUAUACACGCUUGGACUGGAACCUAUUAAGCACAGCUUCCCCAGCAAUCAACGCAUGGAUGAAUCCUAGCAAUCGUUUAGCAAUACGAGUCGUUCAUAUGGUUAGGACCAUGUACAAAAGAUCCACUGCAACUGUAGCUUGUCUUAUGGCUGAAGCUAUGGAAGGACAACAAAUACAUACUCUACCUAAGAGUCGUUAUGGAAAACUUACUCCACUGGCACAAACUUUACACGAUGAUCCCAGCUUGCAACUUUGUAGAAUUUUAAGGAAAUUUUAUUCAGAAUGUGAUUCAUCGUACAUUGAGUCAAAUUUAAGGGAAUCAGAAAUACCUGCCUUGUUUACCUUGCGUCAGGGCGUCAUAGUUUUAAGCCGUCAAUGGAAAAAUACUUUGUACACACCUUUGAUGAGUCAAAAUCCUGUAAAAGCUAGAUUCAAGCCUAUGAAUGUUACAAUAGCAGUUCCAGAUAUACAAGAGGAGUCCUGCUUUACGGACGGCGAGGCUUCGGGCAACGAAGAGGCCGACAUUACCGACGAGCACGCGAGGCUGCUCCACGCAGGCGUCAUUUUGAGACCCAACGCACCGCAUAGAAAUUUGGUCCCUUGUAUGACCUGCAACGAUAUGCCCUCCGUUCAGCCCUCGCCUAGGGCCGGUGGAUAUAAUUCUGACAACGGUGUACAAACUUCUCAAGUUGCAGUAGUAUCCGGAGGGGUUGAAAGUGUCUUGGCGUCUCCCAGUCCACCUGUACCUGUGAGAAAGCGGAAAAAGAGCGUAGCGUUGCCAGUCCAGCCUCCAAAUAGUUGUAGGGCGAGUAUCGUGUUGCCGCUUCUUAUCAACGCUAACCCGUUCUUGGUUAAGCAGCGUAUGAAUGAGGAUAAUAUUUGUUAUGGCACUUUACGUGAAGAUCGCACAAAUGUAAAUUUGGGCUCUGACCCUAGCGACGCCUACAGUCAAUCUAGCCCUGAGCUACCCUCAAGCCCUACCCACAGAGCUAUAGGACACGCCCACUCUAGUGAGGAUUUAUAUAGUUGGAUGGCUAAGCAGGAGACUGAAGAAAGAACUCAAGAAGGCACCGAGCAAAGCAAAGUCAAUACUUUACAUACAGAGUCUUCAGGAGAACCUGGCACCUUGCCUAGAGAGGAUUUCGUACCACCUGAAAUUCCUCUACAACCGAUUCAGGAAUCUGUACGGCUUUUGGACGCCAAUCAGAUUUUCCAACCACUUUUAUCGGGCCUAGGCGUAAUGCCCCAACAACUAAGAUUCACAACCAUGUCUGAUUCAAGUGCUGGAAAUGACGUAACAACUCUAGACGCUCUAGGAUCAAACCUUUGUCUAGUUGGAAAUUUGGAAACCCUCAGGAUAGAUAUUGUUGUAUCAGAACAUGGUAAAAUAGAGAAAAAGAAAGGCAAAAACAAAGGCAAACGGGGAUUAUUGAUUGAAAUUAAUGCUAAUGAUGAAUCACCUUCAUUUGUGUGCGAAAAAGUCAUGGUAGAAUUGGAAGUAGAUAGAAUGACAGAUAUGGCAGUAAAUGAUUUAAUGAAAACCAGAAAUGUUUUAUACAUUUCCAGAGGACAAUUGAAAAAUCAUACUUCUACAGUAAUCAAUUUUACUAUUGGGGUUAGAUAUAUUCAUCAAAGGGUGAAUAUGCCUUUGUUAAGAUUGUUGCAUCAAAUAAGCAAUAUGUAUCAAAACGUCAAAGAUACCCAAAACGAAUUACGAGAACAGCAACCACCUGCAGAGCUCAGAAGACCCAAAACCAGCUCUAGUACUAACAACGACCAAAAACACCACAGCUCCACUUCGGACCUUUUACAUGACAAUCCGUCAAACUUUUCCAAUCAACUCACCUUGAAAAUAUCAGAUCCCGGAUCUUAUACGUCACAAAAUAAGCCUGUUAUAUCCCCAAGCCCAAGUUUAAGAUCACGACCGCAAAGUUUUGCACAGAAAUUGAGGUCUACAGGAAAAAAUGUCAAGGGCUAUAUUAAUUUGAGUGAAGGAGUCGGUACUCCCUUGAGUGUUAGCACUCCUAGUGGAUCUGCUUUGGAAAGAAUCACCGUUUCAUCAGACAAAAGCACUGGAAAAUGCUGGAAGACUAUUUAUUAUUUGUUGGAAUUGUAUGCCAAUAUGCCUGACACAAAAACUAUCAAACAUAGAUUUUCCGUUGGUACCAAUGACAUCUCUGAGCACUACAAAGGCAAUCGCAAGUACGAUAUUCUAGCAGAAAUGAAAUCCACAGAAGAUAUAGAGAAAGCCGAAGGCACUCCACCUUUACCGUUGCACAGGGAUUUUUACAGGGAAAGUACCCAUUCAACUGCUCAUGGUCACACUAAAAUGGUUGUGUUUGGUGUGGCUAGAAUUCAUAGAACUAGGCUAUUGGCAACAUUGUCUGGUUUGAAACUGGAAGCUGAAAUAACCAGUUUGCAUAGUAGUUUGACGGUGCGCAAAAAGUCCAUUCCUCAGAUGUUAGAAUGCUCACUAACAGGCCAAGUUGGUCGUACUAUGAUUGUUUUACUUGAAGGUGUGGCUCCAAAUCUACAAACUGUUGUUAAGGUAACCAUAGGAAAGUCUCAAGCACUGUAUUCUUCAGUGACCAAACGACAAAAAGAUAAAAACUCUGGGUUGCUUACUAUUGGGGCUGUUAACAUCGAUAUACCGCAACAUCCAGUAGCUUUACAUGGAAUGGUCACUAGAGGUAGUAAACAGUUGAGCUCAACUUUGCAAGAGCUCCGUGUACAAAGGACAUCGAGCAGAAUAUCCAAAGGUGUCCAAGCCGAUGAAGAGCAACAAAAUUCCCCCAAUCAUCCACUAAAAGAUACUCCGUUGAUUGGACCGCCACCUGCCAAAACACCCCUUGGAGAAAAAAGUCUUUUACAGCCUCUAGUCAUGCAAUUUUCUGUUAUUUUACAAAGCUUAAGUAUAUCUGCAGCUUUGUUGCCAUCAUUACAAGCCCAAUACAAAAUGGAUCAGGUUAAUAGUACAGGAUUCACAGGAAGUAAAGCUAAGUUUACCAUUGAUUUGCCACAUCAUAGUUUAAGUUUUACAACUAAAUUGCCACAGGGAUAUCAAACUGAUAAAACCGAAGCUAAUUUACCUUCUGAAGCAAGUAUAGCUCUACCUGCUGUACACGUUGUCGCUGAAUAUAUUCCUGAAAAUGCUGCCAGUGGUUUAAGAAAUCCUGAAGGCGUUGUUUUCAGGCAGGGUGGAUAUUUGAAUGCCAAUGCCGAAAUUGGGGUAUUUGAGCAUAGUUUAACUACAGAUUUGUUGAAUCAUUUGGUGUUUGUUCAGAAAGUCUUUAUGAAGGAAGUAAACGAAGUCGUCCAAAAAGUAUACGGAGGCGAAAGACCAGUACCUCUAUGGCUAGAAGACACUGAAGAACCAUCAACAUUAAACAGAUUACUGUUUUCUUUAGUAAUAAAAAUACAAAGAAUCCAACUUACAGCUACCACUGCAGGUAGUUCCGCCGUAAGACUAGAAACAGGUGCUGUAGUACUGGAACUAUCCAACAGAGUCCAAAACGUAUCCGGAUCCAAACCCAGUGGUACUGCAGCGAGACUUUUUGGCAAAGCCCAAGUAGACUUGAACCUGUCCCUAGGACAAAUUAUUAGGAAUGCUGUUUUUGAAGAGGCAGACAUUGAUUAUCAACAUGUGGCCUUUUUCAAUACUCAAAUAGUUUUGAGGAACGCUUUCCAAGAUGAAAUCGUUGAAGGCGAAGACAAAGAAGUGGUUUUAAUUACCUUAAAAAGACCUCUAAUCUACGUCCAACCAGCAGCAGUAGACAAAGCAAUUCUGGUUUGGUUAAAUUACAAAAACGCUUACGAUUAUUGGACUGAUAAGAGGGCGAAUUUAAAUCGGGAAAUUAAAGAGGAAAAAUUCCAAUUCGGGCAGUUAACUAGUCAGUUGGGCACUCCUCACUUGGGUACUUUGUUUCUACAGCUUACAGUUGAAGAUAUGGGAAUUUGUUUACCUUUGAACCAUUUGCCAAUAACUUGGAAUGUGAGGUCCGGCUACGAGGACAGUCGGGGAGCUGUUGUGGUUACUUUGGAAAAUACAAGCAUAUCUGCUUGCAGUUCUGGUUCGCUGGUGAGCAAAGGCAAGUUUUCCAACUUAUGUCUACGAUUCGCUGAAGAAUUUGAAACAUCUUUGGACGACUGGAAGCCCGAUAUGACGGACGCUUCCAUUAUGAACCUGUGCGUUGUUAGCGACGGUACUUAUGAAGUUUGUAGUCGUACUGUAGCGGCCAAAGGACCAAACGAAAACGCCAAAUGGUAUUUAAACGUCCAAUGGCAAAUGGAAGGUGUCGACAUUCAUUUGGAUACAAACGUUGGUAAACAAUUGUCCGCUUUGGGUCAUACCUUAACAAUGCUCACAGGCGCUGAAGAUGCAGGAAUUCCCUUUGAUUAUGACUCGGACGAAAAUGAUCCUACCGAUGGUACACGAACGUCUCAAGAGAGUAUUUUGCCGGCAUUUAUGUUUGAUCCUUCUCUAGACAACAGAAUCAGAUCGAAACUUAUUGAAAAAGAAAUGAACGAACAAGCAAAGAUAAUCACAGAUUUGAGAUCACUUGGAGCCUCUCAUGGUACAAUAGAGUUGGAAAUGAAGCGACUACAGGAACUGGAAACAAUGGUUUAUAAGGAUUUUAGAAGAGACAUGAUACAAAAGCUACGCAGGCAAAGUAUGAGAGCAUCGUCGAUAAAAGGCAAGUUUGGAUUGGGUUCGAAAAGCAGUACCAGUUUUAGAUCGAAAUCGUUUGUGGUGCCCAGUCCUAUGCCUGAGGACAAUGGAAGCCCUGGAAGUGCUAAAUUGGAAACAAACGCAGGCAGUUUUGACAGUUCACCUCGUUCAGGCCCUUCACGCUCGGCAUCACUUCGAGUUAAAACCACCGAUCAAGGUCCUAGAGUUACUUUUAGUGAUACUCAAACUAUGAGCAGACAAAAAUCCCUACCUAGUGCCAGUUCAGAAAUUAGCUUGCCAGAAACCCAACUAGACUGGGUAGAUCAACUCGAUAUUGACGGCGAAAAAGUAACACUACGUAAAAAACUACCAGCCUCUUAUGAAUCUGUGGAAGGGUCAUUAUUAUUGGACGAUUUUGACAUAGAUCAAGCCCUAAACUCUAGUCCAAUUCAAUUGACCAAUAAUGCAAAUUUGUCACAAAGUAGCGGACCUCAAAAAUGCCCCGAACCAAAUGUCGAUCUUGAAUUAGACGUCAAAGUUUUCAUUAAUAGCGGAAAAUGCGUUUUGCACACCAAGGACCAUGUCAAAGAAGAAGAAAUUAAGCUAAGUAGAAUGCGUAAAGACAGAUCUUGCUCAGCAGCAGGCUUACUAGAAUAUUCCAGUUCUUCAAGCCCAGACGCUAUAAGAAAAAACAAAGACAAACUAACAUCUCAGAGCAGCUCUUCUAAACUAAGACCCAACCCUCAUAAUACCCUUGUAGACUUGACAAUUUUCCACAUACCAGGCAUGGAAGUAAAAUUACAAUACCAAUCAAAAGUUAUCAUAGAAGACGACCAAUCAUUAGAUUUUGACAAAGUAUUUUCUUCAGCAACUUCAGCCAAAAUCCCUUACAGCGAUUCAGAACAAUCUCGAAUCGACAUGGCCUUUAAACGACAAGAAAGCCAAUCGGAUUUCAAAUCGCAGAGUCUCAAUUCCGAACUAAAAAGUUCCACUUCAAUGCAUGGAAUUACGAAUCCCAAUUAUGGUCACUCCCCUACUGCUAGCUUGGAAAAUUUGCAGUUCGGGACUUAUACUACACCUAGUAACGAUACAUUUAAAUCGUUCAAUUAUAUGAAUGUGGCUACGUGUAAAAAGCCUGGAAUUAAAAAGGCUUCGUUGUUUGCCUGGAUGACUUUGCAAAGCGUUCCUGAGGAAACCAUCAUUAGUCCGCAUAUUUUGGAGUUUUUGGAACAGACUCUGGAACCGAUUCCUGCCAAGACUUUAAACGCGACAGGUACCUCAUUACUUUCCUCAGACCAAGACAUCAACUAUGGGAAUUAUGUUUACGCCAGUUUUCCUGUGGAUGUAAUUGUAUAUUUCCACAUGCAACCAAGUACUUUUAGAUUCAGUUGUCUUCCCGUAUCUAGGGUUGAAUGUUUGUUGCAAUUACCAUCGUUGGAUAUUGUUUUCAGUUCGAAAAGGGCCGAAGACGAAUUGUGGAGUGAAUUUGGAGAUGAUGCUCCAAAUACCGCCGCCACUGCCGUAGGAGGUCUCAGUGUCACUGGAUGCCUAUCAGAUUUUUCAGUAUACAUUUUUCAUCCUUAUGGAGGUAAAAAGUCUGCUUUAAAAGAGGCUCAAUGGUCUCCUUUGUCUGACAGUGAAAGAAAAGAUUCCUUAUCAGUAAAUGUUGAAUUUGUUAAAGUUCAUUUAUCUCGAUCAAGAAUGUUGAACUUCAAACAAGAACCUACUAAGGGCCUAAAAGGUUCUGAACAAAAUAGGGCUGUUAUACGUUUUUCAACCAUUAUCGAUAUUGGUUCUGCGUCCUUCAAAUACGACAUGAGACGACUUACGGAAAUAUUAGCGUUUCCUAAGGCUUGGUAUAGACGCUCUAUUGUCCGGAGGAUGUUUUUGGGUGACUUAAGCAUGUCUGCAACUUAUAGUGAAGAAGAUGAAAUUAUUACUCAUCACAAAACAUCGCCUGGGACUUCGAAUAAAUAUGAUAAAUCCACCGCCACUCCUUUACUAGGAAACUCAAAAAGUCGUCACGAUGAUCACAUUUCCCAGAAACAUAGCAAAAUGCGUGAAAUUGGUAAGGCCUUUAGUGCAGAAUCAACGCACACAGAUGAUACCCCUAGCCCGUCUGAACAUAAAAACACUACAGCCUGGGAAACUUUGGUACUUUUCGCUGUCAAUUUCAAAAAAUUAAACGUGCACAUGAAUAUGGGCAAUGUCAUGGGCAAUGUAUCUUGGUUAACCAAAGAUUUCAGAAGCGACGGUAGAUUGAGUAUUGGUUCAACUGGCCACAAAAACCUUUACAUAGCUUUUGGCUUAGGUGGUUCAGGCUUGGACGCCAAAGGCGGCAUAGUUGGUGGAAACAUUGAAAUAGCCAAUAUAGACACUUACGUUCAUAUUCGAGAAGAACCAGACGUAGAACCGGACCAUACUAUUGGUUUAAAAUUGAGGGCUUUAGAAUUGAGACUGGAUUACAUGGCAACGUCGGUUUUAAUGUGUAGAGUAAGCGAUUUGAAUGUCAAUUUAAGAGACGAAUGGAAACUUAAUCGGCCUACUGUGCGGGAAUCUUUUAUGCCUACAAGAAGACCUGCCAGUAUCUUUGUCCACGGAGUUCUCAGCUGGGACCAACUUCAGUUGAUGAUAUCAAAAUCCACUACUGCAGAUCUACUAAAAAUGUUCAACAAACUAGAAGAAUUCUUUUCGCAGCAAUUCAAUAGCAGCAAAAGGGCUUUCAGUGGUUUUUCUUCUAGUAGAACUCCUAGGGCGACGCCUCAGAAAAGCAGAGAUGCUUCAUUGCCUACAGCGCAGGUGCCAAUAGUGCCCUCAGAUGCAAGACAUCAUCGUCAUUGGCAAAAAGUUCUGAGUCGAAUUGCUGGUUUACAGUUGACUACUAUGCAUGUACCUUUACCAAGUUCUGGUACUUUAUUGGGUGGAACAAUGGAACUUCAUGGCAACAACGUAUCAUUGGCUUGUUUUCAUGGUAUCAACUUCAAAAGCAAAUCUUGGGCUUUGUUCAGCCUGAGAGAACCUUGUAUCAAUUUUAAUACUGAAGGCCAAGAGAUACCUUCUGCUUCAGGAAAAUCUCCAUCUCAAGACGUCCACGUGGUUCAAACUCUAAUUUGCAGCCUGGGCCUGCAUUCUUUGAGACACCUAUCAAUGGCCACAGUAUGCAAAGUGACCCGAACAGUAAUUUUCCCGCCCCAAUUUAAAACAUUACAAGAAUGGUUCCACUAUGCUUUUGCCAAUAGUCAAAUUGAUGAAGUCGACAAAUUUCCAUCGUUGGAACGCGAAAAAGUGGACGGUUCCAAUUCCAUUGAACGGAGCAAUAGGGCACCUGCUCCAAAACUGGCCGAUCCUAAUCAUACUAGAGAAGUGAUUUUUGCUUUACCAGGCUUGCAAAUUCAUUUAAAGACUGAGCAUUUGCAAAGCGCCACUAUACCGGAUCUUAAUGAUGAAAAACCAAUGGUAGAAUGCAGUUUCAUUACAGAAUUUGAGGACCACAUUUUUGUGACCGUAGAUGCAGAAUCUUUUUUUUUCUUGCACGAUCUUAUUACGUCUUAUCUUCAAGAAAAAGAACGAGUGCUUGGUGGUUACGACAAACGUCCAAUUGGUGAACAAGAAAAAUCGAGAACUAACCUAGGCGAAACUCUAUCGAAAAAAGCAUCUAUUGAUGGUGACAUAUUUGCCAAAGAUUGGAGAAAUUAUAAUUGCAAAACUUGGCACUUGGAACCCACUGUACGCUUGUUGAGCGUUGCAGGAAAGUAUAUUGAACCUUAUGGCAUUGAUUAUAUUCUUCAAAAACUUGGGUUCUCGCAUGCCCGUACAACGAUUCCGAAAUGGCUGCAGCGCGGUUUUAUGGAUCCAAUAGAUGCUAUUUUGGCUGCGUUAACUCUAAGGGUGGUUCUGAUUGUUAGGGGCGAUCAAACGAACAAAGAUGAGAAGAAAGCUAUCGAAAAUAAGAAAUUGUCUUAGGAAAUGUUUAGUAGAUGCUUUUAGGCCAUAUAUUUAUGGUAUUUAGUCGAAACAAUAUUUAAGCUUUAUAAAGGUUGAAUAAAACCUUAGGUGUAUAUUUAGAUUUUUUGUGAUAUCUAGUCCUUUUUUUGAGAUUGAAUUCAUUUUGACUGAAGAGGUCAGUUAGUAGGGUAAUUACGGUUGUAUAUUUUAUAUUAUUUGUUUUUUUUUCUGCCAUUCACUUAAUUAUGAAUUUUUGUACACUUUAUUUUCGUAGAUCAAAUAUAACUAUACUAGAAAA